GUUUCCAGAAGGUGGUUCGGCUACUCGGCUCGCCGCCGCGGAACGUGCCCACGAGGGGCCUUUCCUGCUAUCAGCAUAGCUGCACGAGGCAAUCACGCCGCCCGGCGGAGCCCAUUGGCCAGCCCGGAGGAAGCUCGUGCUGCGAUUGGCGAGCAGCCUCUCCCUCCUCCCUCUUCCCCUUUCGUUCUCUCCUCCUACCUUCGCCCGCCUCCCAGCUGCUUUGCUGUAUGGAGUGUUUUGGUGUGUUUCCCUCUGUGUUUUGGCUGCUCGCCUCCCUCGGAGGAGGGAGGGCGGGAGGAGGUAGGUGGGAGGCAGGCAAGCAAGCAAGCAAGCAGGCGGAGGAGGAGGAGGAGGAGGAGGCGGUUCUGGCUGCAGCUCUUGCUGGCUUUGUCACAUCGCUGCUGCCUGCGGGAGCUUCCACCAUGCAUACCUCGCCCUGCGUCGAGGCGAUGGGAGAUGCCCCCGCGGUGAGUACCACUUGCUGCACGGGGCGACGCGCGGGUGGGGGCGCGGAUGCAGGGCAAAAAGACCCAGCCUGCCUCGAUUUUACUCCCCGCUUCUAAUCCUCCUCGCUUUCCAAAAGGUGCAAACGACUUGAGGUGCAUGCGGGGUGUGAGGGGGAGGCACAUAAAUAAGAAAUAGCCUUUCUUAUUUAUUGCUUUAUUUCAUCUCGUCACCGCAAUCCAUGGGUUGCCAAGACGCCAAGGUGAUGGGAGCGAGAGAUGCGCGUGGCGCUGGGGGGGGGGCAGCCUUCCUCUCUUAUUUUUAUUUUAUUUCUAUGGACUUAACUUAUAUGCCGCUUUUCGCCCGUAGAUCCCCGGGCGGUUCACUGCAAAUCCGGGAGGGGUCGUGCCAACAAAGCCCAUUAACGCUAGCCUUUCCUCCGGGCCAGGUCCUUGCUAACUUACCUGGACUUGGUGAAGGCUUAUGAUGGUGCAUAAUAGGUUAAUGCUGCUCUUUCCUCCCCCCCCCCCUCGCUUCUGGUGACUGGGACCUAUGCAAGCAUAAGCGUGUGGGAUGCCCUGGACGUUUGUGCUUCUUGCGCCACCCCCGAUCCUGCCCCAGGUUUAUUGGGAAGGAAGUUCUGCUUAGUUUCCAUGGAGCAGGCAGACUUGCCAGUCAGUCCAGCCUGCACGAAACUGCUGCUUUGCUGGAUCUAGGGUGGUGGUGGUGAUGUCUUACACUGACGCACAUCGAAUAAUGUGCAUCAGCAUGAGUAAUCCCAGUGAUCCCGCAGUUGCCCGGUUGUUGCAUGAGUAUUACAGAGAUUACAGUAAAUGCAGGGAGGAGUGGUCUCGCGGCUAUGGGGAGGUGAGAGCCUCAACCUUUGAGGAGGGUUUCUUUCUUUGUUAACUUGUGUCAUUGCAAAAAGAGAGAGAGAGAGAGAGUCCUAGCCCCCCACCCCACCCCCGCAGGCAGCCUUUACUUUUGGACCUUGUGGGCAGAGCUACCCCGCCUCACAGGGCUUCCCAGCAGUGGCUCAACCAGAGACCACCACCCACUUGCUCACAUGGCUAUUUUGAUGCAUGACGUCGCCCCACUCCUCCCCCCACCCCUGAGCUAUAUUUGGAGUGGGUGGUUGCUCUGGAUCCCAUGAGGGGGGAAAGAAAGCCUUCCGCCCCAUUCCCUCCCUUUUGGAAGGUGGCGCUUCGCUGCCUUCCACCCAAUCCACAUGGACAUCGUCAUUUUGCUGAUCUGCAUGCCGUUUCCUCCCCCCCCCCCCAGUUUUUUAAAAAUACUGUUAUUAAAGCAAAGACAGUGCGAGGAAGGGGGGGAGGUCGGUUGGGCAAUUGGACCUGCCGUUUGGUAGUGUUCCUUGGUACAUUGAAUUGGUGGGGUAUUUCCUGCCGUCUUUGUGAUGGCUCUGGCUCUGCUUUUGCAGCCUGCUUCUGUUGUGCUGUGUGCCAGCUCAUCCAGCUUGCCUCUGCAGUGUCUGGGUGAAAGGAGGUGAUUUAAGGACAAGCCGCCAGGCUAAGUUAUGGAGCCGCGCGUGCCUGCUUGGAAAGCAGACCAAGGCGCGUUGAACUUAUUUCCUCCUUCCUUCCGAAGCUUAUCAAGCGAUUGUGGAUUAAUAAUUGUCACGAACUGCAAGCGAACCUAACAUUCUUCUUCUUAAACGUUUCUCAUCUUGGAUUGUCUAGCCUUUGAAUAGGCUGUCCCCCUCCCCCAAGUUCUUUUAAAUCUUAUUAAUUAGACACAGAUAUCAUUUUAGCACCCAAGGAAAAUAAUGUUCAUCAGUUGCAAGUAAAUGGAGAAUUCCUGCUGGUUUUUAAGCAUUUCUCCUCAUAUUCUGAAAUCUUUUACCUCAUUAAAUGUAUCAGUUUCAAGAUUGCCCGUCUUACUCCUCUUUAUCUCCAGAUUCUUUGAGUUCAUUUGAGUUUCUUGUGAACUUGUGAUACCAAUCUGUUAGGUUAGCUUCACAUUUCAUAUUAGCUUUACCAUGUGAAUAGGUGCUUUCUGUUGGGUUCAUUCAUUCAUUAUUAUUAUUAUUAGUAGUAGUAGUAGUAAAUAUAUGCACAUGGCAGCUCUGCGGCAUCUAAGGGAGCAUAAUAAUUGUCUGCAGCCACUACAUGGCUUACUGUCCAGCAGGCUGAUUCCACUUUCCUUUUUAUUUUGGGCUUCUAAUUGCCAGUUUUGAGUGUGAACUGAAUAGGGAGUAGAAUCCUGUGCACGUGUGGGGUUCUAGAUUGGUGAAAGGUAUCUGCAUUGCACUUAUUUGCUAUAGGGAGAUGCUCAUGACCCAACAAAAUAUGAUGGCUUUGACCGAUACAUGAGUCAACCAUGCUGGGAAUUUAUUUCAGCGGCCUGUUGUGUUGCCUGUAUUUAUUACUCUUUCUAAGAAACCAUCACUGAACAAAACUGGAGAUCCCCCGCCAUGUCUCAUCUUCCCUGCAGUUUUAGAAUAUUAACAUUAAAUACUGUGUCAUUCUGGGAAGUCACUUUAGAAAGUUGAAGCAAUGCUGCAGAUGUUACAUCUUCUUGGACCUUUCCCAACACAUGAGUGUGCACACCCACCCCGCUCUCUCUCUGUUGUUGCCAUGGUGGUGCAGUCUGUGCUAACUGAAGAAAGGAAUAACUUUCCUGUGGAAGAGCAAAGUUGGCAGCCAGAUUUUGCUUUUUUAAUCUCUGGGGGCCUGAUCCAAUUUGAGUUGCACAUAAAAAAGGUAUUAUUGUGCAACUUGAUUGUUCCAGAAGGUGAACAGGAUAUGUAUUUGAAUACGCAUCACAUUCAAAGCAGUGCAGUGCAGGAAAGCAACUGAAUGCACCUGUGAAUUACCCAGCAAUUGAUAUGCACGCAUGCUGAGUCAGCUCAUUGGUCAGGCCAGCCUAGUACUGCUUUCACUGACUGGCAGCAGCACUCCCUUGGCUGCCAGUCAUUGCUACCUGUUAUCAUUUUAGCAGGUGAUAGAUAGAACGUGGAGCUCUGGAUGCAGGGAAUGUACUGUACUAAGUAUUAAGCUAUAGCCUGUCUUCUGCUCAUGUGUGCCGACUUAGAAACUGGAUUGGGACUCUGGCAUGUAUGAUGCCUUUUUUAAAGCAGACAAUAGUGCAUAUGCUUGUUUUCCGUGUGACUUACAAACAAUGGCUCACUUAUCUCUAGGUUGACAUUGUGGACAUCUAUGAAUCCAUACGUGAACGGCAGCGUCACGACAGUGAAAGGUCUACUUGUAGCACCUUGGAACAGAACGACAUAGAAGCAGUAGAGGCACUUGUUUGUAUGAGCUCCUGGGGUCAAAGAUCACAGAAAGGCGACCUGUUGAAGAUAAGGCCUCUUACACCUGUCUCAGAUUCAGGUGAUUUCUCAAUGCACACUGAACCCACGUCUGAGUUGCCUAAGGAUUAUAACUUUUUAUCCACACUGGUAAGGAAAAAAACAAACAAACCCUGAAACAAAAUGAAUUUGCAUGGAAUCGAUAUGAAUAUUUUAAAGAGGAAAGACAUGAAUAUGUCCCCCAUUUAAUCUGUUAGCAGUAAUUUCUUGGUUUGGCUUGAGGGCAUUUAUUAUGCAAUAAGCUCUAAGAGAACAGCAUACAUUUCCACUCACAAGUACAGUUGCUUCAGUUUAGUUAGCGAUGUGUUUGAGGUUAUUUUGGAAUAAUGCAGUCUUCCCUAUCCUGGGAUCGUCCAGAUGAUGAUGAUGAUUUUAUAUAUAUAUAUAUAUAUAUAUAUAUAUACACACACACACACACACACACACACCACACCGCCCAUAUGGCUGGGUAUCCCCAGCCACUCUGGGCAGCUCCCAACAGAAUAUGAUUGCAAACCUUUUUCAGACCAUGACCCCCUUCCAACCUUGUUUCCUUACUGUGCCCCUCCCAUGCAUGUAGCCGGGGGGGGGAGUUGCCCCCCCAAAUAAGUAACAGUCAAUACAAAUUUGAGAUUCUGCUCCGCCAACAAAAGCCUGCCCCCCUAACAAAAAUCCUGGCUAUGCCCCUGCCUCCCCCCAUCCUACCGGUAGAAAGAUAGCCAUUUAAACGUUUUGUUUUCAAAUAGAACAUGUUUUAUAAUUUUCAUAAUUUAUCCAAAAUGCAAUUACACAAAAUGAUAGGAACAUAGUGAAAUAUCGUUGACGCCGAAAAACAGAACAAUGGAGCUGGAAGGGACCCCAAGGGUCAUAUUUCUAGUGCAACCCCCUGCAGCGUAGGAAACUCAGCUAAAGCAUCCAUGACUGAUGGCUAUCCAGCCUCUGCUUAGAGACCUCCAGGGAAGGAGAGUCCAGAACCUCCCGCGGGAGAUCCAUCUUCCAUGUAUUAAAAAGUAAACAACACUUAUUUGACACAGGGAGGAAACCUACAGAUGCAGUCCAAAAGGCGCACAGGGAGUUUUGUAUAUAUGGGAGAAUUCUAAAAAGCAAGUGGUCCUCACUGACCUGGUGCAAAAAGAUCUUGUCAUCCAGAGAAGCCCUGGCGGCCUAGAUAAAACACUAUAGCCCCCCCCAACCUGGGAGUAAGGCCCACUGAACUCAUUGCAGCUUUCUUCUGAGUAGACACUUGGUUAUUUACUACAUGCAAGUCAGCAGCACUAGAUGACCCCACUCAUCAAAGUGCUGGAGUGGAUUUCACCCCAUGCCUUGCAGAGCCAGGCCGACAGCAGUAAAGACUGUAAGAUGAGCCCCUCCUAGCUAAAUUAAUCCUUAAUGAUCUCUCUGGGAAAAAACCAAACCAGGGUCUUUGAAUAUCAUUAUGGUUGUCUAAAAAUUUUGUGGGGGGAACUUUUGUGUGGGGAAAGUAAUAAUAAUAAUAAUAAUAAUAAUAAUAAUAAUAAUGUGUCUGACUUACACUUAAAUGUUAUAAAUAUGAAAGCUAGGAAUGAUCAUACCUAAAGUAGUAUUUUGGUAUAUGUAUACUAUCUCUGCUUCUUUCCUCCCCCUUUAAAUAUAGUGUAUGACACCACCCUAUAGUCCAGAUUUUGUUGAGCCUUCCACAACUGCACCGCUUUCGUCCCAAGCCACUUACUCAAAACCGAGGACAAUCAAGACGAACAUGUCUGCCUGCCUGAUCACUCCUCCGGGUUGUGCUCUUCCUGCACCCAAGCCAGCUGCCCUGAAUUUGGGGAGGGAGUCCAGCCAGACGCCAACGAGAGCGGAGCAAGUUGCUCCUCAGUGUUGCAGAGCAAGGGCAACCAGCGUGAUCCGUCACACCGGGGACAGUCCCGGUUACUCCCACCUUCCUCCUGUGCAAACAAAAGUGGAAGCUGCGUCGGCCGCCAGUGCUUCUGCAGACGGGCACGAGGCGCAAGACAAGAGACAUCCCGCAGCCUUGCAAGACUGCGACAUUGCGGACAGCAUAGCUUGCGGCACUUCGCCAGGACGCGAACCGUAUUUGCACGGCUCAGGUUGUUCCAGAGCCACCAGCAAAGGACGUGAGCCUGUGAGGCUUGCUUCACAUCAGACCCCUUUCCCAAACGCUUGCGAAAGUGACCCGCAGCAGAAGUCCCCCUCGCUGCUAGCCUCCCCGCUCUCCAACCCCCAAGUGAUCUGCCAAAUGAUCCCCUUAGACGGACAAAGAGGUAUGGUCCCAGGCUUCCUAAAGCCCUCUGCUCAGAUGGCAGCGACGGUCAAACCCAUCCUACCCCACACAGCCCCAGUUUCUCAGCCUGUGCUGAUGGGGCCUUCCAUGCCUCAGGGGACUGUUAUGUUGGUUCUUCCGCAGGCUGCUGUUGCCCAGGCGCCUCCUUGCCAACAAACUGUGAUGUCUGUUGGGAAUACCAAGUUGUUGCCCCUGGCCCCUGCUCCGGUUUUCAUUGCCUCCGGCCAAAGCAGCACACCUCUAAUUGACUUUUCCCGGAGGAGAAAUUACGUUUGCAACUUCCCGGGCUGCAGGAAGACGUACUUCAAAAGCUCUCACCUCAAAGCCCACCUGCGUACUCAUACUGGUAUGUAUAGAAGAGAUGUGGAUGUGAUCUGCCUCUUCUAAUCCCUCUGUUGCAGAUACUCAGGUGGGGAUGUUGUUGCUUACGUAGCCAAUAGGACACCACACAAACCCAAGAAGGGAAGAGCUGUAGCUCAGUGGCCUUGUAUUCAGAAAGUCCCUGGUUUAAUCCUUGUUUCUUCAGGUAGGGCUGGGGGAGACCCAUGCCUGAAAGCUUUGAGCAGAACAGCCAUACGGCCUAGACGAAACUGAGCCAGAUCGACCCAUGGUCUGAAUUGGUAUAAUUCAGCUGUGAGCAGUGUUGGAUGUAUAAGCUAGGCACCAAAUGGCUCCUUAAACCAGGGUUACAGUCGCCAAAACAGAAUGUCUAGUUGCCAUUUGGGGGCAAGGCAGCUCUAAAGUCGUAUUUUUCAAUACAACUUUUGGUUCCUGAAAUUUGUUCUGAUUGUGCAGAUAAAAUAUAAGAUAGAAUUCUACAGGAUCCUUCGCUACUGUGUGAAAACAGGCAAGAUCCAAGGAUCUCCAGAUGGUGGAUACAUCAGGCACCAUCCUGGCGCCUUGGCAUCGUCACAAGUGGCUGAUAGCCAAGUGCAAAAUGCACCAGGCUCCUGGUGGAUUUCGAAGUUUGCAGAGUACAAAAAAGAGAGAAUAGAAAGCCUAUUGGGGUGGCAGUGAGGGUAGACUAAAAGCCCAGACUAAAAGCCCUAAAUGUGCUCAGUGGUCCCAGCUGGCUGACUAUGGGAAGAGACUGAAAACUGCAUGGGAGGAGUAAAAUGAGUAUGGCCUGAAGGGGACACUGAAGAGAGCUACGCCACACAGUGUUGAAAGUCCCACUCGCAUGUCUUUAGUGGUUGUCUAGCAACAUGACUGAAUAUGGACAUUUCAGGAGUGUGUAAAUACAAGACUCAAUAGUAGAACAUUUCUUGUUUAGUGGAGAGGGACUGUUUUUAGGGAGACCAAAAGAGGAAUGGGGAAACUGCAGCUAUUCCAAUGUUGCUGGACUACAGCUCCCAUGAUCUUGCCAGAAUAUUUACCAUGCUGUUUGGGGCUGAUGGGAGUUGGAGUCCAGUAACAUAUGGAAGGCCACUGGUUUUCCCCACCCCCAUCACUGGUUUAGAGCUUCUAAAUUCCUUGCAUCUAAAUGUCUAGGUGGAGACUGGGGAACUCCCCCCCCUCCAAAAAGAACCCCACCCUCUGAAUGUUCAGUAGAAGAUCUGGAAAGAGCCACUACAUGUGUACAGCUGUAUGCAUGUAGAGUCUUCCUUGUGGUCUGGAGCCUCUUGGUUCAGGAUACAGAAAGUUUGAAGAGAGCCCUAAUUGCAUUGAGUAGGUCUGAGCAGGUCUACAGGCUUAACUUCUAAGUAAGAACGAUAACACUGUGCAGUAAAUAGACUUAAGACCUGGUGUAACUUUAGGGAAAUGAAUUUAAAGAGAAGGGUUAUUUCAUAACACGGGCCAUCAUGGGUGUCGUAUUCUUUUAUCUUGGGGGUGAAAAAUACUGACCUUUAGCAUUUUAAUUGUAAAGACUGUAAUCCCUUGACGAAAGGGUAUGUCCCGGGAUGUGUUGGGAACAAAGGAGGUCUUCUUUUUUUUUAUAAAACUUCUUGCUCUAUUUAUUCUUUAGAGGAGAAGCCCCCUGACUUCUGUAGUACUUCUUAGUAAGUGCAGAUUCAAGAGCCGUUCCUGCAGUUGAAUGAAUUGCCUCUUGUCUUGUCCUUUCUUCACAUACUCUGCUAUAGAAAAAAAAGCCAGUCCUAAACUAGAGAUGGUUUGUGUGGCAAUGUAUGACCUCUUUGGUAAAACCAUCUGUCUUGUUCUUGGGUUCCCUUUGAUUCCCCCACCUACCUGCCCAUGCUUCCUCCUUUCCAGGAGAGAAACCUUUCACCUGUAGCUGGGAAGGUUGUGACAAGAAGUUCGCCCGCUCCGAUGAACUCUCUCGCCACCGCAGAACUCACACAGGGGAGAAGAAGUUUGCCUGUCCGGUCUGUGACCGCCGCUUCAUGCGCAGCGAUCACCUGACGAAACACGCUCGCCGCCACAUGACGACAAAGAAAGUGCCCAGCUGGCAGACAGAAGUUGGCAAACUGAACAGAAUUGCAACCAUGGAGAAGCCUAAGAGUGAGACUCCUUUGAGCAUGCUUCUGCCUAUGCUGUCUUCUGGCUAGCAGGCCUGCUUUGGAAGAUGAACAUUUCAAGAGGAACUUGGGUGGUUUCCAAAAACCCAGCUUUGACUGUUUUUUUGUUUUGUUUUGUUUUUUUAAAGUAUCCAAGAGUGGUUGCAUUUAUAUUGUGGAGGAGGAGGAAAAUCCUGUAAAGUCUUCUGCCCUCUCUUUUCCCUCCCCAUCCCUUCGUAUUAAGCCCUAUUUAAAUGUUAACGUUUUAUUUCUGUUAUCCUUUUGUUUUCUCCAAUGCUUUUAGGGCAUUCACCAGCACUUGGGGGGAGGAGGGAGAAUAUUUUUGGUGGAAAUGUUGGCAAUGGGCUUUGCAAACAUAUCUUUUCUGUUGAGUUAACAGUGGUUGAUGAAAAAUGAAACAGGGUGGUUCCCCCCCCCCCCGGCAUUUUAAACUAGUUUUUCCCCCCCAAUCUUACGAGUUCAGCUGUGGUCUGAUCUUGCAAAAUCACCCUGUGAGAAGAGUGAAAAGCAACAUCAGAGGUACCACUUGGAAAUUUAUUUUUUUCCUGAACGGAAUCCAAACUAAUUUGUAAUUUCAGAGUGUCUGAACUCCAGUCUAGCAACUGAAUCCACUUUAGGAUUACCUGCUGUGCCACAUUUUAAAGCAGUGUCGUUCUUUCCCAAAUGUCUGAAUAUUGAGGCCUAGGUAUUGUUGAUGCCUAUAACUAGCUCAGGACCAAUUUAGGUGCAGCACUGACCAUGUGCGUCCCUGCUGGGAAGUCCUAACCUGUGCAGUAAUUCCACAUGGUCAACUGCACGCUCAAAAGGUUUUAACCCUAGACACCAUUCCAUAAUGCACACCCUCUGUUAGUUGUUGGUGUGUAAGCACGUAUGGAUUAGUGGAUGUGGUACAUUGGCUACUUGAAGCUCCUGUAUGUGUACGAUUGUACAGUGGCGGGGCUUCAUAUAUUCACCACUGCAUUCAGAUUUGCUUGUGUGAACAAAAUCCUACUUGUUGCUUCCCUGCUUGCAGUCUGCUGGUCUGACUUGAGUUGGGUAAGUUUGGUGGACCUUGUUCAUGUGUAUUUUGUGGCAAAGGAGUGACUUGCUAAAGUGCCCCCUACAUUUAUUAAUUGCAACAUGAGAAGUGCCCUUUUAAUUUGAGUGCUGGUAACAUUUGGAAGGCUUGGGGGCAGCUUGUCUGUCCAUUGGGACGGUCCUGCCAAACCGCAAGGACUUCUGUAUAUCCCGUCUUCAGAACGGAAGAACUUUCGGAUCACAUUCCCUUCAGAGUGAAAGUUAAGCAUGUCCAUCAAUAUAUCCCUUAUGACUUCAGUGGGAAAAAUAAGUGCCUAGCUUUGGAUUAUGCCCUUGAUCUGUUAAUAGUAAUGAGUAUAAGGACCCCUUAAGGGAAAUGCCCAAACCACAUUGCGCUAUUGUUUUGAUCUAAAUAAAGUCGGGGGAGGAUUUAUGAUUUGAAGUAAAGGCUGAAAAUGCAGUGCCUGCAUAACCAUUUUUAUAAUCAUCCAAGCAAACAUUUGGAAAUCUGAUCAAUGACACAACCACAACAGACAGCACCUUAAAUAAUUCUCACUUGAGUAGUUCAUAGGUAAAGAGAAUAAACAAGGCAACAGAAGCAAUUGGACAUUCAGGGUUCAGUACUCAAAUCGGCUCCUGUCUUGCCACUUUCAAAAUGUGCUGGGUUUAUAAUGGGAAAUUGCUGACUGGCAACGGAUUGUUCCAGAUCAACAAUUCGUUUCUCACAAAAGUGACCCAAAUAUUCUUAGCUUUGGAGCAAAAGUGCUUUGUGGAGAUGUUAACUGCUGUUGUUGUGGUCUCCUUUUCCACAGCACAUUGGAUGAGUGAGUGAAAUGAAAGGACGGCUGAUGGAAGAGAACUAAAAUUAAGGGUGGACCAUUCAGCUGCCAUUUCACAUGAUUUGCUCGAUUCUGUAUACAUAAUAUUUAAUCAAGCUGAGAUAAUUGUUCUAAUGAUGACGAGAAAGCAUGAUCAGAUGUGUAUGUAUAUAUGUGUGUGUGGAAUAAGUAAUAUCUGACACUUCAUUGGUAUCUGAAACUAGGUAGACCUCUCGCAGUUGGAAUCUCAACCUGAUCUCUUUAUUAUUCAGCCAAGAUUGCAGUGCAUUUGCCAAUUUAUGUUGGAGCCAUUGGAGAAUAUUUCCACAGAUGGUGGGAGUUUACUUGGAAACACAUCUGGAGUAAGUGGCUUGAGAAAUGCAGUUCUAAAACACCUGCACCAAUGUACCCUCACUUUCAGCGCAAUGCCUAGGGCAGGGAUAUGGUAUGUGUGGCCCUCCUGCUGUUGCUCCCAUCAGCCCCAACCAGCAUGACCAAUGGCCAGAGAUUAUAGGAGUUGCAGUCCAACAACAUCGGCAUGGCUGGCUUGGGCAGUACUGUUGAAUAGGUUUGCCAGCAGCCUGAUCUGCAGAAAUCGAGAAAGUGAAACUCACCCUAGCACUUCAUUCGCAUGCUAUGAAGACCUUCAGCUGCUAAAUUUCUGCAAGUCAGGGCCAGGAUCUCUGCCAAGAAAAAAGAGACUGGUUGGCAACUCCACCAGCAUCACAUCAUAUUUUGGGAGCCUGCAGAGCCACUGCAAUCAGUUUGCCCAUUUUAAGCAUUUAUCUACCUCCCUGUCCAUUAUUGACAACUAACGUUCAUGAAGUUGACCAUAACAGAAGCACCCAAUUCUUUUUUUAAAAAAAAAAGUAGUCAUGGAUAUGGGAAUUACGCAUUGAAAGAUUCUCAUCAAUUUAAACUAAUCUGGCCUAUAUUCCCAAUUCAAGUAUAUUGGAAGCAGGCAGACUUUGAAAUUGAUGUUAAACCAAUGCUGCCGCAUUGUGUGAGCUACCAAGCCUAUUGCAGUUUACAGCGGUACAUUGUGGCUUGGCAGGUGAUUAAGCAGAUGGAAAGGAUAGGAAGUUUCCAGGAAGUUCUAGGUGAGUGGACUGCAUUUGAUGGGUCACUAGUUCUGCACGCAUGGAAUGUUAUCCAUACUGCACCUUACUGUAUUUGUGUGUUUGAUUUGCUAUAAAUAAUAAACUUUAUUUCACGAGCCAGCAGAUCUGUGGCUCCUCUGAAACAUGUUAGAAGGUGCAAGAUGAGUAUGAAUAGGUUUUUUCCCCUUCACUUUAUGGUCACCUAAUUGAACAAAAAUGAAUAUUAUACACGUUCAGUGUUAAAAAAAGGAGCUGGUGAGAAGACAAGCUACAUGGUAGAAAUGCAGUGUAUAUAAAACCAAAAUGCAACAACUUGAUUACUCUGGAACCACUGUCUCUGCCCUUUUCUGACAAUAUGCAGACGCAAUAGUCCAUUUUUCUCUGGUUUAAUUCCAUUGAAGUUCAUCAAAAGUUUCCAGAAGUCAAAAGAUUUCCCUUGUGCAAUUGCGAGGCUUUUCAAAAAGUUUCCUAAUUCUCCCCCCCCCUCUCCCAUGCUGAUUAUUACCUGACUUAAGAUUAUGGGAAUUUAUGUUUGGUGUAGUAAAAUAUUGUGCCUAAUAUUUUAUAAACCUUGUUUUGUCUUUCUGUUCAUUUUAUUGUGGGAUUCCUGUAUUUGUGUGUAUAUGCAAAUAUUGUUUGUAUUCCUUCAAGGGCUGCAUUGUAAUCCCUCUUCUAGUAAAGUGAAUAUUUGCAUAGAUGGUUUUGCCGUUUCUCCUCCCCUCUGACAGCUCUCCUUUUACCUCAAAACAAUAGGGAAAGAGAAGAAAGCAACGUUUUUCUUGGCCGAUACGAAUGCUUUGCAUUUACACCACACUUUGAAACACUCAAAAGUGCUUCGCAUGCACAACAUCUGCAGAAUAUUGCAGUCAACCCUGAUGCAACCAAACCUUUGCAUCAGCAAAGAGUAUUGAAAACAAGGAUUGGGCAUGACCAGCCGAUAGCAUCUUGUGCACAAAUCCUCACGAAUGCACAAUAGAAAGGGUGUCUGGAAGGGGGCCCUUUGAGAGAUGAAUGGGACCAUUAAGAUGAUGAAAGGGUAUAUGUUUUGGCAAGGGAAGCUGGCUGCUAUCUGGAACAAGUGGCUUUCAUUCUAAAGGAAAAGGUUCCUGGGGAAAUCCGCCAACCACUUGACUUGAGUGGGCAUGUUUUCAAAGCAGCGUAUGUGGUUCCAUCAGCCUCAGCUGAUUUUUGCAGGGAAUUUCCUGUUUCAAAAAACAGACUGACAGAAGAAUGGCAUGUGCAUCCCAGAAGGUUUCCAUAGUGCGAUGGACCUUGGUUUUAGGUACAUCUGUAUCUAUUCCAAGUAAUUUCCUGUAAAGCGCUGGCCAAUUCUUGAAUUGUUUCGCAGUCCUAAGCUGUCUCCAUGAAUGAUGCAUAAACACCAAACACUUAAUUGUAGAAAAAUAUCGAAGCUGCAUGAUGUGUACAUAUUUGUAAAAAAAUAUAUAAAAGAACAGGAAGUACAGGUACCACCCAAAGUUAAAAUUUAGCCUCUGGCAUUUGCUGUAUGAGCACUGGAUUACAUUAUGAAUACACGUUUUGUUUAAGCUUUAUACCAACGUUUCAUUAGCAUUUGUGUUUUAAGCUUGCCUAAUCCUGUAAGAUUUUCUCCAGCACCUCUGCUGUUGAACCUCAAAUAGAAUUUUCUUUUAAUUUGAACAAGAACAACCUACAAGAAGAACUAUGUCCAGCACCAGCAAAAGGCAGAGGCAGGAGAAAUCUGAAGCAGAGAGCAUCCUAUGGUGUCAGUUAAACUGCUCACAGAAAAGGAGAGGAAACAGUGCCUGCUUUAAUAUUGUUAAGAGCUAGCAUUUAGCUUGGACGCAUGGCUGAUAAAUUUCCUUCCGAUUCAUUCCAGUGACCACGGAGAAUCUUACAACUACAAGAGGCUGGUACAAUUUGCUGGGAAUAUAUGCUUUAAUAAUGUACAGGUUAGUGCUUGGGGUCUGACAGGAUCAAAGCUGGCACACAGAAAGGGAAAAGUGCAGUCGAAAACAAGCAUUCAAGUCCCUUGCUGCAAGUCUCCCAAGACUUUGAGGACGAAGGUGAUGGUGCCUCCAUAAGUCAUAAUUUUAAGAUAUCAGGAAAACUUGACAUUCCGUCUGUAGAUGCGCCAGCUUUGGAGAUGUAUUUUCCCAAAUGGACACAACAGAGUCCCUAUAAGGCCACAUCCUGACAUAAUGGCAGAGAGAACUCUGCAGAAGCUUCUCCAGCCUGUUUGAGGAUUCUACCAGCCUUCUUGGAUGGUGGCAUGCCUUCUUCUCUGCUCUUGCUUUCCCCACCCCUCCCCACCCCAUCCCAGAGAAAACACCUUUCUGAGAAACACCGCUGCAGCUUCAACUAUCUCGUCACUGUUGGCACAGCCCACAACCGGCUUCAGCGACAGUAUUCCUGCUCAAUCGUUGCCAUCAGCUCCUCUUCGGAGUAAUCGUAGGAUAUCUUGGCCUGCCUCUCAAGCUUCUUGAGUGGCAGCCUGC